ACCAAAACCAGCCGUAGCAGUUCACAGGCAUGGCAGGUGGCACUACUUGUAGUGUAGUAGUUGCCACCUUCCUGUCCACAGUGUCAGACAAUUAGCCCUGGUUUUGCCAGCCGCAUCAUGUGAUGUUUGCAAUCUGCCCUUAGUAAGAGUAAUGAGCCAGGAUUUUUGCUGGACAGUGUGUUUGUGAGUACUGAGUACCGAGUCAUUUCAGUUUCCUCUGCUCGUACACGUUUGCAAGAAGUUCUAGUAUUCACUGCGUUCGUGGAGAGUAGGCCUACUCGUCGUGUGGCAAGGCCGGAGAGGGAAUCCUUUGCUCCACUAUGGCGAGGUACUUGAUACAUCGUACAGCAUGAGCAACUGGAUUACGGCACAAUGUCUGUCGACUCAGGCCCAGCUCUUGUGGAGAAGAUAAACAAGGUGUUGCCAAUCACACCAUCGGCAUGCUGGAGCCUACACGGCGUGGAGAAGGACUUCUCCGUUUGGCAGUGCCAUGACACCGGGCUGACGGCCGAUGGCUCGGUGCAUGCGUGCUGCGCCGUGGUGCGCUCCUCCGUGGAGAGUGUUCUACAAACUCUAGUGGAUCACAGCCAGCGUGUCAACUGGGACUGUACGGUAAGCAACGUGAAAACAGUAGCAAUGAGCACCGGUCCGUGCAUGUCACAGCACUCCGGGCGUAACGAUGUCGUGGCUGUAACGCCGCGCGUCUGGACGCGCUGGAGCUUGCUGCGCAGCCCCGACGCCAGCAUAUCCAUGGCAAGGUGGUGGCAGUGUCACAAGCGGAACGAAUGGGCAUGGAUGCUGUGGAGAUCAUUAGAUGAAGAAGAAACGGACAUGAUGUGGAUGUAUGCAUUGGUUAGCCAGUACCCAAUACCCGACCACUGUGCGCUGGUGAUAGUCGUCGGCUCGUCGGUCACCACCAUUCCACAGCCGGCCACAGCACAGCAGAUGUUGACGGGUCUACAUCAGUAUCUAACAGUCUUACAGAUCUCACAGCACAUUGUGGUGCCUGCAUCUGAAUUUCGUCUGGAGAAGUCGGGCACGGACGAUGAAGAAGCCACACCUGCUAUCGAGAGGACCAAGUCACAGAGUUCUGCUUCAAGCUCUGUGGGCCAUGCGACUCCUCGCAGUGAGGGAAGUGGACUAUCGCCAACCGGUCUUGUCUCGGUUAUCAGUUCUGAUUCGUUGAGGGACAGCAAAGGCAGCAGCGGUUAUGACACGGACUCUCUUACAGACCAGCAACAACGGUUUGCCGGUGUACUGGGUGCGGCAUGUAGCAGUGUGCAGCGUGCUAUAGAAGAAGAUGCAUCUGAUGGAUGGGAGCCAGUUGUGACAAGAGGGGGCUUGGAUGUGAUGAAGAAGUCGCUCGGUCUGUCAAUCAGUUGUACGCGCUGCUCCAUCAUCAUCGAUGCUCCAGCCGAAGUCAUUCUGGAGUGCUUUGAGGAUAAUUCCAGACUUAUGGAAUGGGACGAGAUGAUCAGCGAAAGCCGGACGGUCGAGUAUGUAACCGAAUCUAUGUGGGUGGAACACUGGACCCACAAGCCCGUCUGGCCAGCCACGUCCAGGGACUUCUGUGUGGUCGCUGGCCACGCACGUCGUGAGAAUGGCGCUGGCUGGGUAUCAGCUGCCCGAUCUGUGGUCCAUCCAGCAUGCCCUGUCCAACCAGCUCAUGUUAGGGGCCAUGUCCUGGAGUGUGGUGCUGUCAUUCGCCCAGUCGGUGACAGUUUAGAGAAAUGUCUCGUAUCCUAUAUCACGCAUUUUGACUUCAAAGGUAAUGUAUCCGCCGUGGUGGCCCAUCGCAUAGGCCAGUGCGUACCAACCUGCAUGCAGCUAUUACAGCGGCUGUGCAUGAAGACGCACAAGCAGAUGCAGGAGGACCUGCGUAAGCAACGUCAGUCGGCCGCAGAACUGGCCGCGUCGGCUCUCGUCUCGCCGCUCAGAGCUCCGGACGACUCAAGAAAUGGCGGCAUUGCUGCUCAUCCUCCCACACAGGAUGUUAGUGAUGGUGCUGCUGCCGAUGGUGCUUCAGCAGCCAUUGUUGAUGGUGCUCAGGAGGAAGGUGAAGACCCUGAAAGUGUUCUUGCCAGCCUUGCUCUGGAGUACCCCAUGGUGGAUCAAUCUCACGUUGAUUACAGAACGCUAGGCAAUCAGGCAGCCGCUGGGUUCCUCGGCGAGUUGCUGCAGGCGUCCGAUAUUGAUGUGUACCAACCUCGAGACUCCGGUCCGUCGGGCGGAUGGCGGUUUGACGGAAUCGAGAAGGACGUGGUCAUUCUGAGGAAGGAAAUCCAGGCGAUUGGACACAGCCUGUUCAUGGGCAAAGGCAUAAUCCCGCUGCCGCUGAGCAGAGUUUGGAAAGCGCUGAGAGAGCCACACACUCGUUUCGGCUACGACCCCAUGCUGAAGGAAAUGAAGACAAUAGCGAAAUACGGAGAGCGCUUGAUGAUCAUGUACAUGCUGCUGGAAGCCCGCCACUGCUUGCUGGCUCAGGCAAGGGACUUCUGCUUUCUGCACCAUGAACGCGUCGAGGGUCAGAAGCACAUCAUAGCCGCUCAGUCCGUGGAUCAUCCCAAGUGCCCGUGCAAUCCGGAUAUUCAGCGUGGCCAGAUAUAUAGCAGUGGUUGGUGUGUGGAGCCAGCUGAGCAAGACGGCAAGGACUAUUCAAUGGUCACUUAUCUUGGCAGGAUCGAUCUGAAGGGCAGUGUGCCGCGCCGGCUGACCAACUUCAUAUGUCGUCGUCAGACUCUGGCCAUCCACUCCUUGUCUAGGUACCUGCUUACUUCCAACUCCGGCUAAGGACUCUGUCUUCCAGCUGGUGGACUAGAAUGCUGUGCAGUUUCUUGCGCUGGUAUCCAGUGAAAGGAGUGUGGUCGACAGUAGUCUCUGAUGCCAAGCAGCUCUGAACUGGUUUGUAUUCCACUGCCAUGUUGCGUGCUCGGAGUGUAAGUCAAUACGUGCCCUGUGCCACCAUGCAUCGGUGUGCAUUCAACCCCCAUUCAUUACAUGUCGGACGUACUUCUGGAUUCUAUCCAGCUGGUUCAUAUAUAUAUAUACGUCUCUAGUGGGCAAUCGGCUAACUCGUUGUCGCCGAAUUAGCCAUUUUUGUCUCUUUUUACUUGGGCACUCUUCACUCGUGUGUCCUGCGCAAUGAGUCGCCUAGUGCUCACUACUUCCCCUGCCCCCACCCUCCGCAGCAUGGACUCUGGUCUCUGUGUACCAAGUACAUGCCACUCUCUGCCAGUGUGAGUCCCUGGGUACUCACUACCCUGUUCGUGUGUGCUCUGGCCUAUGUGUACCAAGCACACACCACUGUGAGGUUUCACCCAGUGUAGGUCGUUUGGUGCUCGCUGGCCUCACCCGGUACCAGGCGUAAUGGCUAUGACUCAUGUUGCUCUACAACCCACGGUUACUCUCUCUCUCUCCCCCCCCCCCCCCUCCGGUUAGGCUGUGAUCCGUGGUUACGUUACAACCAGCGACUAUUGCACUCCUCGAUACGAACUGGCUAAGCUUCCUAUACCUCCUCCGUUUAUCCGCAACGAAACUGCGACGGCCAAUGAUUCUUUGCUGGGAGAAGAUAUUUUCUUUCUGUCUACCAUAUUUACAAGCAAUGUGCGGCUUCCAAAAGAGAUUCACUGAUUGCACUUCAAAGUAUUUUUACACGAUAGGAUAUUUUUACUGAACCAAUUUUUUAAAUGCAUUUGGCACGUCAUAUUCUAGGAAAUUUGUUCCAUGAAAAUAGGUUCCCACACAUACCCUAGUGAGGCUGACACAAGUUUUUAAUCGCACUUUCUAAGAAUUCCGGAAGAACCUGAUCAUUUUACAUUUUCUAUAAAGAACAUUUUUCUUUUAACCCUUUGUCCUUUCGCCCAUACUUGAACCGUACACCUGUGUACGGUUCAACCCACGCAUGUUCAAAGCGACCUGGAAGCUACGCGGAUCACCCGAUCCACAUGAAAAUUCACGUGCACACAGCCUAUGCUAUGUAGAGGAUGAUACAUGGGUCGCUGGGGCUAGUUGCCAUUUGAAAAAUUUCAGGAAAUCAAAGCCGAAGUUUGCUUGCGCCGUAACUUCCGACAUGGCAGCACGCAGGUGGCUUGAUGCAGAUGAAGCGCUUGUUUGAGGAUAGCUAGAGUGACCCAAGCGACAAUCCUAUGUCCUCUGAUGAAGAGAACUAACUGGACGAAGCCUUAGUUGAAGGUGUUGAUUCUGAUUUUGAUGACGACGCGGAUUAUUGUGUCGUAACCGUCGACCCAACUGUCGGACAUGUCGACCGCUCCGAUUUAAGUGCAGGAUCGGCAGAACAGCACUCGAGUGGUGAAGAGAGUGUACCACCGCUGUGUCUUAUCCGUCGUGGAGCGGCAGGGACAGCUAGAGUGCCGCAGCACGUGGAGCGGGAGCGUAGUCCGAUCCCAGAGAGGUCCAGAUCUCCGUCACCUGCGCGCCGUCAAACUCAUGGUCGACAGCCGCGCAGAGCGAGGAGAGUAGCCGCACGGGGCCGAAAUGUCGAGCAUGUCGCCACUGGCACUCCUCUGGCUAAUGCUCCGUGUUUGCCCAACAUGCCAGGGCUUCUACUCCAGGUCAUACUUGUACAAAUUGCACAUUAUUAUACAUAGGAAAGAACUUGAACUUUGAAAUUUCGCAGAUUUUUGCAAAAAAAUCAUUUUUGAUACUCUUGUUUAGCCACGCCUAUCUGAGGAAUUCAACCUAAACUGCAUUUUUAGUUCACAAAUAUCAUAAGCUUUCAGGAAAACAUAAAGUGUACAUACAAAAUAUCAGCUGCUUGGGUAUGGUGAGUGGAUUUGUUGAAGCAGGUACCCCUCACAUACAUUUUGGGCAAAAGGACAAAGGGUUAAAAAGACACGAUCUACAGUAUCUCUACUUUCUUGCUCCUCAUGCAUCUGAGUGUAAGUAGGGUUGGUUUUUUGGUGCUGCUGGUUUCACCACCUUUGACAAAAAGAAAACCUUUCACUGCUC